CACGAAAGCAGGAUUCCGAUUAACAAAAAUUAUACGGUUCAGUGGUCAAUUGAUUGAAUUGACAGGGAAGAGAAAAUUAUAAACUGAGAGCUCGGCGAAAAUCAAAUUCGUCGCCAUGUCGACGUCGAUGUCUAUGUCUGAUCUCGAUAAAUUGUCGCCGUUGCGCGACUAUAAGAAUUUCCGCCAAGUUACCCGCGAAAGAUUAUUACGUGAAAUGCUUCGAUCAACCAAAACAGGGGACUCAAAGGCAGUUUGGAAGGUACUCGUCAUGGACAAGGUAACUGUUAAAGUAAUGUCUUAUGCAUGCAAGAUGGCAGAUAUCAAUGAGGAAGGAGUUUCAUUGGUGGAAGACAUACAGAAAAAAAGACAGAAACUGCCGACCAUGGAUGCCAUAUAUUUCAUCCAGCCAACCAACGAAAACAUUGUCAUCUUCCUCUCUGAUAUGUCUGGAGGAUCAGCAUUAUACAGAAAGGCAUUUGUCUUCUUUAGCUCACCUGUUGCCAAAGAGUUGGUUAGUGACAUAAAGGGAAAUGGAAGUGUCUUGUCUCGAAUUGGGGCCUUAAGAGAGAUGAACUUGGAGUAUUUUGCCAUAGAUAGCCAGGGUUUUGUCACUGACAAUGAGAGAGCUCUCGAAGAACUUUUUGGGAAUGAAGAAAGUUCUCGGAAAGGUGAUGCAUGCUUGAAUUUGAUGGCUACCCGUAUAGCUACUGUGUUUGCAUCUUUGCGGGAGUUUCCAUUUGUGCGCUACCGUGCUGCCAAAUCCCUUGAUGCUGCUACAAUGACAACAUUUCGUGAUCUAAUUCCUACAAAGCUUGCUGCUGCUGUUUGGAACUGUCUUAUGAAAUAUAAAAACACCCUCCCUGACUUCGCGCCAUCAGAGACAUGCGAGCUGCUUAUCCUUGAUAGAUCAAUAGACCAGAUUGCACCAAUUAUUCACGAAUGGACUUACGAUGCAAUGUGUCGCGAUCUACUAAAUAUAGAAGGGAAUAAAUAUGUCUAUGAGAUUCCGAGCAAAACAGGUGGGCUACCCGAGAAGAAAGAGGUCCUUUUGGAGGAUCAUGACCCUGUCUGGGUGGAGCUCCGUCAUGCACACAUAGCUGAUGCUAGUGAAAGGUUGCAUCAGAAGAUCUCAAACUUUGCAUCAAAAAAUAAAGCUGUACAAAUCCAUGGUUCAAGAGAUGGCAGUGAAUUGUCUACACGGAAUUUGCAAAAGGUGGUUCAUGCUUUGCCUCAAUAUAGUGAACAAAUAGAAAAGCUCUCCCUUCAUGCUGAUAUUGCCGGAAAAAUUAACAGAAUUAUCAGAGAAAUGGGGCUUAAAGAAGUUGGGCAACUGGAGCAGGACCUUGUUUUCGGGGAUGCGGGAACCAAAGAGCUUAUUAACUUUCUUAGAGUGAAAGAGGAUGUGUCACAGGAAAUUAAGUUGCGGUUAUCAAUGAUUUACGCAGCUCUUGAUCCUGAGAAUUUUGAGGAUGACAAAAUUGCAAAACUAGUGGAGUUGGCUAGACUACCACCUGAUGACGUGAAUGCUGUUUAUAAUAUGAGGUUGCUGGAGGCGUCACCAUCAGGAACCCAAAAAAGCUCAAUUUUACCAUUUCCACUCAAGUUUGAUGUUCACAAGAAGAAGAAAGCUGCUCGAAAAGACCGCCCUGGUGAAGAAAUGAUGUGGCAACUAUCACGUUUUUACCCUAUAAUCGAGGAACUUAUUGAAAAACUUAGUAAAGGCGAACUACCAAAGAGUGACUAUCCAUGUAUGAAUGACCCUACUCAUGGAAUCUCUUACGGUGCAUCUUUAAGGACAGGUGAAAUUCCAGCUCCUGUUUCGAAGAGAUCAAAACGGUCGAUGACAUGGGCUCAUUCUAGAAAUUUUGAUAAUCUGUAUUCAAGUGAUUCACCAUUAAGGCGUGCGUCUAGUGAUUGCAGGGAUAUGGGUCGGCGGAUUUUUGUGUUUAUUGUUGGUGGGGCUACACGGUCUGAGCUAAGAGUUUGCCACAAGUUAUCAGUUAAGUUAAAACGCGAAAUUAUUCUAGGCUCAUCCAGUCUUGAUGACCCUCCGCAAUUUAUCAAGAAGAUGAAGGAGUUGCAGAAGAUGAAGGAGAUGACUGAAGAUGAGUUGUCAUUGGAUGAUCUCAAUAUCUAGACACUUCUCUGGCAAUCCAUGGUGCGUGCAUGUAUUUCUUUCAGUAGUUCGGACACUGGAAAUGCAAGCAGUUUAAGAGAACUUAAUGGCACUUACCUGCGGUUGACGACUAAGAGAACUGUGAGAAUCCGACUAUAUCACAAGACACAGAAACUUAUGGUACAUGAGGUGUCCGUUGAAUUUGCUUGUGCUAGCACUGGAGUUCAAGUCUACGGUAAGGACAGCUGAAAUGCCUUCUCUGUCGAGUCGAGCAAUUGAGGUUUCUGAUCAGGACUUUGAUGACCACAUGUUGCAUUUUUUGGCCUUUUUUCGGCUUGCUUUCUUUUGCAUUUGCAGAAGUAAAAAGAGUUUUCCUAGUUACCUGUUCAACUUGAACUACUUCUCAAACUGUAACCGCUGAGUAUGUAUUUCAUACUGGACUUUACUUACUGCUUGGAACAUUUCAACAUACAUUCUGUUUAAUUUGUUUAA